AUGGAGUGUCCCGCUCUGGCCACGGUGGAGGCUGCAGACCGCGCAGGGGCUGGGCCUCACCGUCGCUCGGAGGAGCGGGAGGGCGGGGAACCGGACGGGGUGCGCUUCGACCGCGAGAGGGCGCGCCGCCUGUGGGAAGCCGUGUCGGGCGCGCAGCCGGUGGGGAGGGAGGAAGUGGAGCAUAUGAUCCAAAAGAAUCAGUGUCUCUUCACCGACACCCAGUGUAAAGUCUGCUGCGCCCUGCUGAUCUCGGAGUCCCAGAAGCUGGCCCAUUACCAGAGCAAAAAGCAUGCCAACAAAGUGAAGAGAUACCUUGCAAUCCACGGGAUGGAAACACUCAAGGGGGAGCCGAAGCGACUAGACCCAGAGCAGAAGAGCAGCAGAAGCAAAGACAAGAACCAGUGCUGCCCCAUCUGUAACAUGACCUUUUCCUCCCCUGUCGUGGCCCAGUCGCACUACCUGGGGAAGACCCACGCAAAGAACUUAAAGCUGAAGCAGCAAUCCACUAAGGUGGAAGGUACUGAGAAACACGUUUCUUCUUUUUUCCUUCUGGCUUCCACCUUAGCCUUGCACCAGAGUAGAGAGAUGAUAGACCCAGACAAGUUCUGCAGCCUCUGCCACGCCACCUUCAACGACCCCGCCAUGGCCCAGCAGCACUACAUGGGCAAGAAGCACAGGAAGCAGGAGACCAAGCUCAAGCUCGUGGCGCACUACGGGCGCCUGGCGGGCCCAGCUGUCGCCGACCUGGCAGCUGGGAAGGGCUACCCUUGCAAGACGUGUAAGAUAGUGCUGAACUCCAUCGAACAGUACCAAGCUCACGUCAGCGGCUUCAAACACAAGAAUCAGUCACCAAAAACAACCGUGUCACCCUUGGGCCAGAUCCCAGCACCACAGCAACCCGUGCAACAGGAUGCCGCCGCCCUGGGAGAGUAGAGGUCCCCGCCCGGCUCCGCUAGCCAGCUCCCUGUGACCGUCACGUGGCUCUCUCUUCCCUCUUCCUCA